UCCCUGAAUGACGAGUUGAUCACGAAUGAACCACGUCAACCCUGGACGGAAAAUCUCUUCCUGUGCCCAGUUCCCUCUACACCGGUUACCUGGCUGUCUCGGGAGAGAUGGCGACCUCCCAGAAGUUGACAGAACACUUCCUGACAUGCACCAUAUGUACAGAGGUGUUUGACAAGCCCUGUACACUUGUGUGUAAUCACACCUUCUGUCGGAAAUGUGUCGUCAACUACACCAAAACCAGACCAGAAGCCCUCAGUGCCAAGUCUCUCCUGUGUCCAUUCUGCAGGAAGAUGACGAAAGUGUCUGACCCCGAGAGACCAGUGGAGGAGUGGGCGGAUGACGUCAAGCCUAUCUUUGUCAUCCAGGGACUGUUGGACUCGUUUGGCCCCGGAUCUAAAGAUACAACUAACUGCAGUUAUUGUAAGGAGGAAGGGGAGACAACUCCAGCUACAUCUUGGUGUUCUGUUUGUGACGACGCACUAUGUGAACAAUGUACAAGGAUGCACCAACGAACCCCCUCUUUCCGUCACCAUGACGUAGUUGACCUGUCUGGUGAGACAAAGGUCAAGGUCAAGAGAAAGGUCAUGUGUAAAGUUCACAAGAAUAAAAGGAUCAAAUAUCUUUGUAAAGAUUGUAAAACAGCUGUUUGUCAAACAUGCUGCACGAUCCAUCACAGGAAAUGUGAUAUGGUUGUUGAAAUUGAGUCAGAGAUUCCUGCAAUGAAAACCGAGCUGAAAAGGAAUAAAGAGAAUUUGUUAAAGAAAGACAAUGAGAUGAAAAGAUAUGUUGGAAAACAAAACUCCCUUGUCAAAGAAGAAUUGGCGCUAUAUAUACAAAUAGAAUCAAAUAUCAAGUCUGCAAGUCUCACUGCAAUACAGAUGAUCAAAGCCAAGGAACGGAAACUUCUGUCUGAACUGAAAGAGAUGUCUGACAGACACAUUGGACAACUGAAGGCAGACGUAAAGUCAGGUGAGAUGUCAGUACAGAUGUACCAACAACAGGCUGAGCUGAUAGACCAGGCUCUACAAUCUGAGUGUGACAUGGAUGUGUAUGAGAUGUAUCAGGGAUGUGAGGCCGGUGAUGUGGAGGCUGUCGGAGUCGAAGACAUGAAGGAGAAGGGAAGAAUAGACAGGAUAACAUUCAGACAGGACACGGACAAGCUGAGUAGAGCACUGGAAGAUCUCCAUCUGGGUGAGAUACACGUCCAGUAUGACGAUGUGCUGGACCUGAAGGCUACCCCUGUGUUACAGGACACCAUUAACGUGACAGUAGCAGGAGAUGCAGGUGGGGGAGACCCCACUGAUGUGACGGUGUUAGAGGUGAAUGGUACAGACACAGUGGUAGUUACAGACUACAAGAACAACAGUGUAAAGUCCUUCUACACCAGGAACAGUCAGCCAGGUCACAGCAGGCUCAGUGUGGGAGGUGCACCACGGGGUAUAACAAGGCUGAAACACAACCAGGCAGCUGUCACUGUGCCGGAUACCAGUCAGAUUGUAACAGUUGAAGUGAACCCUGACCUGGUGCUGCUGUCGACCAUCACAACCAGCAAACAGUACCGGGGUAUAACGUCUCUGACACCAUCAACACUAGCAGCAAGUUCCCACUUCCCUCCCUGUGUUGAUAUCCUGGAUAUGUCGGGACACGUGCUGAAGUCAGUUUAUCCUCGCCCCAAUGGCGGAGACAUCUUACAGUAUCCCGACUCCCUCUGUACCACGAGGACAGGAAACAUCCUGGUGUCUGACUUGGGAACCAGGUGUGUCGUGUGUCUGACCCCCGAGGGAGAUGUGGUGUUCAACUACAGACCUACAGGAGACACAACAUGGAAGUAUUCACUUGGUAUCACAAGUACCAGCACAGGCGACAUCCUGGUGACAGACGAACCACAACACAGAGUCAUCCAUCUGACAGAGUCAGGACAGUUUGUUAGAAACAUACUGACAUCACAGGGUGGUGUCAAGAAACCAAGGGGACUGUGUUUUGGUGGGCGUGGUCGUAUGUACUUGUGUACACCAGAUGUAGUGAAGGUAUUUACAUGCUGUAAGUGAGUGAACAUGUCAGAACCCUUUUUUUGUAUUACAUAUAGAUAUAUAUGUUACCUGGAUAGAUAUGAUGUGAUGCACUGUAGGAACAUUUGACUUUUGAUGUGAACGUGACGAAUCAUACUUGUAGAAAGACACAACUUGUAAUGUAAUGAGGGUUGGCGGGGUAGCCUAGUGGUUAAAGCGUUCGCUCGUCACGCCGAAGACCUGGGUUUGAUUCCUUACAUGGGUACAAUGUGUGAAGCCCAUUCCUGGUGUCCCAAACCGUGAUAUUGCUCGAAUAUGGCUAAAAAGCUAAAACCAUACUCUCUCACCUACUGGAAUGUAAUGUAAUGUAAUGUAAUGUAAGAAGCCAUUACUUCUACUUUAUAUUCAGAUAUAUUGUCUCAAUAACACUAUGUGGUCCAAAAUCAUCUAGAAUAUUGAUAUUUUGAGAUGUAAUGAUUUUGAAUCACUUUUUCUUUAAGUGACUUUGAUGAACAAUUGUUUUACAAACUUUACUGAAUGGGUUGUAGGUCUUAUGGCAUGUUUAACAGCGGUUUUCACUCUCUUCUCGACAUGUUGUGUGAAAGGCAUAGCAGGGCAAUCGUCUUUGCUCACAUUUUAGCAACUCUGUAUACGUUAUUCUGAUCACAUUUAUGCUGUUCAUGUUAACUCAGUGCUGGAUACGGGGUCGUGUUUGAUUAUUACAAAAACAGACAAACUAGUUGGAGCAUGAAAUCAGUUUAGAGCAGCCAUGUGGCCACUGCACACUACCACUGCACACUACCACUGCACACAUACACAUGAAAUGUCUUGCCAACUUGUGACGUGUUGUGAUGUACAAACCGACAGCUCUGUCUGUUGAACAGCGGGUACGUUGGAUUGACAUGACAACUGAGCGGUCAAAGGGAGAUAAGUCGUUAUGAGAAGUAUAUAAGGAGCCAUAAAAGGUAGCGAGCGAAUGAAUAGUUUAUCAGUGAGUUAGUUGCGGUUUUACGCUGCUUUUCACAUUAUUCCACACAUUGUUAUUUGUUGGGAAUCGAACCCGGGUCUUCGUCGUGACGAACGAACACUUUAACCACUGGGCUACCCCAGCCCCUAUUUUAUCACAAUUUGUGUUUAGUGUGCGUGUUGUAAAUUGAUACAUGCAGUGUUUAUACCGACGUGUACAGUUAUAUACUCUCUGCUUCAUAUCAAUCAUUCACUUGAUGGAGGAGUAGGAAACGUUAUGUUCCUCAUAACAAAGAAGUUGAUAUCGAUAAAACUCUCUUCCUGAUGUGUAUCCCUUCUAAAUGCCAUCAAAGACCUGAUGUGUUAUAUGUACGUAGUGAUGUCUGGCUCAGUAUAGAACAUUGCCAUUUCCUUUGCUAAUAUGUUAUACUACCCUUGCAAUUGUUCUGCCUUUGAAAUUUCCAAUUAUGAUGUGUCUUGAUUUGCAAACUUGGUUACUUUUAUAAUACACCUGUUAAUUUGUUGAA